CCCUCGUCCCCACCUUCCGAAAGCGCCCCCAUCGAGGCCGACGGGGACGCUGUCCGAACCGGGGGCACCGCCCCCUCGUCCGCCCAGCAGCAGCCUGAAUGCGGCGACACGAUCGGUCAGGAGCCCCCAGAAAACCCUUGCGACUGUCACCGGGAGCCGCCCCCCGAAACCCCAAACAUCAACCAGCUGCCGCCGUCCAUCCUGCUUAAGAUAUUUUCCAAUUUAUCCCUGGAUGAACGUUGCCUUUCUGCAUCAUUGGUUUGCAAGUACUGGCGUGACCUUUGUUUAGAUUUCCAGUUUUGGAAGCAGCUGGAUCUUAGUAGUCGUCAACAGGUCACUGAUGAAUUAUUGGAAAAAAUUGCAUCAAGAAGUCAGAAUAUAAUAGAAAUCAACAUUUCUGAUUGUCGCAGUAUGUCUGAUACUGGCGUAUGUGUUCUAGCAUUUAAGUGUCCUGGACUUCUUAGGUAUACAGCCUACAGGUGUAAACAGCUUUCUGACACCUCUAUUAUUGCCGUUGCCUCUCACUGCCCUUUACUUCAGAAAGUACAUGUAGGCAACCAGGACAAACUUACUGAUGAAGGACUCAAACAGCUGGGAUCAAAAUGCAGAGAACUCAAAGAUAUUCACUUUGGCCAGUGUUACAAGAUCUCCGAUGAAGGCAUGAUUGUCAUAGCUAAGGGCUGCCUGAAACUACAAAGAAUAUACAUGCAGGAAAACAAAUUAGUGACAGACCAGUCAGUGAAAGCGUUUGCUGAACACUGUCCUGAACUUCAGUAUGUUGGCUUCAUGGGUUGUUCAGUGACUUCUAAAGGAGUCAUCCACCUAACCAAGCUAAGAAAUCUUUCCAGCUUAGACCUACGUCACAUCACUGAAUUGGACAAUGAAACUGUGAUGGAAAUUGUCAAAAGGUGCAAAAAUCUUAGCUCUCUCAAUCUCUGUCUGAACUGGAUCAUAAAUGACAGGUGUGUAGAAGUCAUUGCAAAGGAAGGACGGAAUCUGAAAGAGCUAUAUUUGGUGUCCUGUAAAAUCACAGAUUAUGCACUGAUAGCCAUUGGGCGAUACAGCAUGACAAUAGAGACCGUGGAUGUUGGAUGGUGUAAAGAAAUUACAGAUCAAGGAGCCACCCUGAUUGCACAAAGCAGCAAAUCUCUGAGAUAUUUGGGGCUGAUGAGAUGUGAUAAAGUCAAUGAAGUGACCGUGGAACAGCUGGUGCAGCAGUACCCCCACAUCACCUUCAGCACUGUCCUGCAGGACUGCAAGAGGACCUUGGAGAGAGCCUAUCAAAUGGGCUGGACCCCCAACAUGUCUGCCACCUCCUCCUAAUGUGCAUGCCCACACGUGGGUACACUCGGAUCCUUCAGCAGGACAGAGAAGUGUAGAUUUGGAAUGGGUGAUCUCUUGGGAAGGUUUAACUGUCACCUGUCUGUGUGUGUACCAGAGUGUGUAUAUUUGUGUCUUGUUUUCCUACUGCAUAGCAUAAGCGCACUUGUUAUUUGUUCCCAGGUAAGCUAACUUUGUUUUUUUAAAAAUUGAAGAUUAUGAAAGCCACACAAAGUUAGUUUUUAAGUUUAAAGGCUUAUUUCUUUAAACAGCAAAUUUUAACAGUAAAGGAAUUGGAUUAUUUUGGGCUUCUGCCAUUUUUUAAAUGCCCAGAAAA